AUGGUGGUUAGUCUGAGGAGGUUUCACUCAUAUGCCAAUAGCAGUAGGGGCGGUGCCACCACGUGCUUGAUUACGGGAGGGGGGAAGGGGCAUUUUGCUCUAACUGUGUCAACCCGUGGUCGCUUUUAUCGUCCGUUGGUGGACGACGGAAUUAAUUUGUGGCGUCGGCGCAUGGGUCGAAUCCACAAGGGUUGGAGGACAUGGGAAUACCAGCACACACGACCUGAUCCACGGCCUUUCCCAGAUCCACCGGUGAAUGAUUACUUUGGUCGGAGCCGCAUUUGGAACCCGAUUGCAUGCAAGUUAGGCUACGUAAGGAAGAAGGCUGAUGAAUGGGGUUGGCCCAACAAGCCACCGCCGCCGACUGGGUUGAGGCACUCGCAAGAGUUUUUCCCUUUCUUUUUUGAGAGGUAUUUUCCGGAUGCGGAGGUCCGUUUGUUGCUUGAUAGUGUCCUAAACAACGAAACAAAGCGGCCUGUUUUUCAGAUUCCGUGCAGCAUGUCCAAGGUAGAACUUGUCAACUACCUCAAAAACAUUUACGGUAUAGACAACGUUGUUCGCGUAGAGGUGCGGAAUCGACGUGGUCGCCGAUACAAGAACGAAGUGGGUGAGAUCAAGAUGAUGGACGACUACAAAGUCGCCGUCGUGGAGCUUGACACACCGGUUUCUGUUGAGCUGAAGCAAAUAAAGGGAACGGAGGACACGUCCGAUAAUAGGCCCCAGGAACGAAUCACUCAAUGA